ACAGUGUGCGGUGUGCGAUGGGUGGAUGUGCAAACAGCAAAUGAAAAUAGAAGUACAAAAAGUGGCGGUGAAGAAAGAGCAACAACGCGCAUAAAGGGAGAAACGGCGAAGCAAGGUAAAGUGAAAGCAAAUGACGGAAAAAGGAGUGCUGCUCGGUGAGUGAACCAACGUGAAGCGAUAGUUAACGCGGCGGCAACAGCAGGCAGCAGCCACAACAACAACGGCGCAACAUUUGAAAAACGCUUAGAAAAUCGCAAAAAAGCUUUCCGAUGAGGAAAAUUGAACGAACGAUUAAUCGAUCACCGGCAGAUAAGGACGAACCGACCGACCGGUGAGGGGAGCUAGAGGGGACAAACACCGGCGGGAAGCGAUGAGUGCGCCGGACAGCUCGGACACCACACGACGACAGUUCCAACGGUACAGUUCAAGCGGUGCCGUAGUGUGACAUUGAUUUGACGAGUCUUCUCGUACGCCGCCAGUGAUAAACGACAUCAAGGUCAUGCCAGCUUUGCGUCUGUUUGGCCGGAAAUGGUUAGCCGCCUCGGACGACCUCGUGUUUCCGUGCGUGUUCGAAAUCUGCUUCCGCAUCGUAUGGCUCGGGCUAAUAUCAUGCGUAACGUCCACCUACUGGAGCGUGACCGAGGAGUGCGGUGAGGACGCGCUCCCGGUACGGAUCUAUCUCGUAGGGACCAUAGUGUUAAUUAGUGUAAAUAUAGUUCUACUCGUGCUCUUAGUCAACCGCAGCGCCCAGGGCAGCAUCACCGAGGUGCACAAGCGCCGCCUGGUCGUACCGCUGCUGGUGAUAAAAAUACUUUUAAUUCUCCCGGAAACGGGACUGAACGUGCUCGGCACCAUGUGGGCGUUCUGCGGCACAUUCGACUGUAGGAGUAGUGAUAAAGUAUCGAGAACUGUGAUUGAAGCUAUCGUACUUUUCAACUGGGUAGUGUUUGCGUUGAUCAUCUUCGGUCUCGCGAUCGUCUUCGAUCCGCUCGGUUCGGCCAAGUACAAGAACGGGCGUGACACAAACGACAACGGUCCCACCGAGUCCGCCAUCCACAGGAAGGUUUCGAAACUGUGGUUCCGUCGGUUUCGGUGGGCGUUCUGCUGCCUGCGACGGGACGAGUUCGGUCACGAGGCGUUUACGCAAGUGGCCAGUCUGCUGAGUGCUCUGUUCCGAGGUACCGAUCUCGUCCCAUCCGACAUCGUAGCGGGCUGCGUGUUGCUGCGGGUGCGCCAGAAGCGGGAGACGCGCGAGAUGCGUCGCAUCCGGAUGCUGAACGACGACGGGCCGCGUUACUCGACCGACAUUACGCGCGUCUUCGCUACGUCGCCCGCCUGGAUGACGAUCAAGAACGCGCGCCACUUUCUGCGCUUCGCCCUGGCCGCGUACGGUUGGCCGAUGGUGUGCUACCUGAACUGUUGCACGGGACCGUAUCGGUUGAUACCGAAAAUGACGUGCUGUGCUUGCUUCCGACGAAAACCACAGAUAAUAAUCGACGAUAACUGCUGCCUGUGUCAUCUGGCCGGCGUCCGCUACACGUCCCGGCUCCGAAGUGAGGACGUACUGCACGCUUCGUUCAAAAAUCAUGUAUUUGAGUUACCAUUCUGCAUCAUGGCGGAUCACAGCACGAAAAGCAUCGUCAUCGCGAUCCGCGGUAGUCUCUCGAUGCGCGACGUAUUCACCGAUCUCGUGGCAAACGCCGAGCGGUUCGAGGCUCCGGGGAUGCCGCCCGAUUCGUCCGCGCACCGGGGAAUGGUAGCCGGUGUCGACUGUAUGCUGAAACGACUGCGCGAAGGCAACAUCCUCGAGCGUAUCCUGGCGACUUACCCCGAGUACACGCUCGUACUGACCGGCCACAGUCUCGGGGCAGGCGUUUCGAUCCUGCUGGCGGCCAAACUACGUAGCCGUUAUCCUGAUCUGCGGGUGUACGCGUUUGCGACACCGGCCGGACUGCUGAGUCGUGAGGCGGCCCAGUUCACGGAAAGUUUCGCCUUCACCAUCGGUGUCGGGGACGAUUUCGUGAUGCGGCUCGGUGUGGAUUCGAUCGAAAAUCUGCGCACCAGCGUGAUCGAAACGAUUAGGGCUUGCAAGCUACCAAAGUGGCGCAUCAUGCUGAACGGGUUCGGGUACGCACUGUUCGGUGUACCGUCGAGGGACCUGGAGACGACCUGGCACGAUGUGACGGAAAUCACGAAGAAGGCCGCCCAAAGUCCGCUGCUCCCUUCGGAAGAGCGCCCCAUACAAACUGUUGCCACGGCGGAGGGUGGCCUGCUGUCGAGUGAAAUCUCCCUGCGCCGCUUCGCCAAAACGCGGCUCUACACCGGCGGUCGAAUACUGCACAUUGUGCGGCGAAAGAAAACGGAACUAGAAAAAAAAUCAAACAGCGGUGGUCCAACGUACGAGAUGCGCUGGGCAACGGCCGAAGACUUUACCGAGCUGAAAGUAAUGCCGCGUAUGCUGCUCGACCAUCUGCCGGAUAACGUCUUCAAAACGCUCACCACCAUCCUGGAGGACCAGAAAACGCACAAUGGUUCGGUUCUUUCGUUGCAGGAAAUUUAAAGUGCAAUUCCGGCACGUGUAUGAUAGCACCCGUAAGUCGAGAUUUAAGCUUAACCUGACCCUGACCUACACAAAAACUACAAACCUCGAAGCAAACCACCGGCCAACCAUACUAACCAUGAUAUAAAGUGCCUUAUACGUAGCUGAGAUGUAUCUUGCCUAGGACAUCAUCGUCGGCGGGCCUUGAGAAGGCAGCGGGCGAGGAUGCUUCCACUAUGUUUUUCUAUUCCUUCGCCGAUGCACCAUGACACAAGUGUGAUCGGUUCGGCAUGGGUUCGCGCUUUUUUCAUUCGCUGACCAACACCAAAUUGAUGUCGGCGUUCAGGAUGUUCCUAAGAUGAUAUUAUUGUGUGAGUUCCCAUGUCCCGUCCUGAACGAAACUAGCUAUAAGGAGCAAACAGCAGACAGCACCAGCUAUUGAAUCAUUCCGGAGUAGCCCCGAAGUCUCGCUACGGUAGCCUCGACUCCCCGGCUGACCACUAAGCAUUCCAAGGUUUAUGUAUUAUAUUUCUAUUACUUUGAUUCUUUAUUCCCCGCUACUGUGGUAUUGAUUUGUGAUUUUAACAAGAAAAAAUGGUGACGAUCGGAUGCAGAGACGCCCGGCAUCGGAGCACGAUGCCGCUAGCAUAGAUUAUUUGUUUGCGGCCACCGAAUCGCUCGUCGAAACACUCAAAAGUAACGUAGUAUCCAUUGCGUCAUAGGUGUUCUGGUAUUUUCGAUGGGUUGUGAUGAUACGAAGACAAGCAGCAGGCGGUGAAACCAAAUUGCGUUUACAAACCACGAGAGAGGUCGUGUGUGCGAAAGGAAAAUGGUAUUUAUUAACUUAUAAAGUUUAUACUUUCUGUUUUUCGACCCAAUUUCACAUUCCAAAAGAAAGAAACAGUAGAACGAAGGAUAAAAGCUAAAUUUUAAAUUGUACCGAGCUGUGUGUAGAUUUAUCGAUUUUCGAAACAAUUUCGAUAGUUUUAAGAGGAAACAAAACUGAACCACACGCGUCCAAAAGUGUGAGGCGAGUUCGCGGUUGAUGGAAUAAAAAUGGUAAGACC